GCCCUACUGCGCAUGGCACGUUGCGUACCUCCCUCCCAGCAACCGGCCUGGCGGCGGCGCGGCCAUAAAACUGAGGAGGCGGAGCUGAGACGAUCCGGACUACUCGCUAACUCCAGGAACAGGUUUAAAGUUUUGAAAUUGAAAUAAGUCUACACAUUGAGAACUCAUGUCUUUUCUUGUAAGUAAACCAGAGCGAAUUAGGCGGUGGGUCUCGGAAAAGUUCAUUGUUGAGGGCUUAAGAGAUUUGGAACUGUUUGGAGAACAGCCUCCGGGUGACACUCGGAGAAAAACCAAUGAGGCGAGCUCAGAGUCGAUAGCAUCCUUCUCUAAACAAGAGAUCAUGAGUAGCUUUCUGCCAGAGGGAGGGUGUUAUGAGCUGCUCACCAUUAUAGGCAAAGGAUUUGAGGAUCUGAUGACAGUGAAUCUAGCAAGGUACAAACCAACGGGGGAGUACGUGACAGUACGAAGGAUUAACCUAGAAGCUUGUUCCAACGAGAUGGUGACAUUCUUGCAGGGAGAGCUUCAUGUCUCUAAACUCUUCAACCAUCCCAAUAUUGUGCCAUAUCAAGCCACCUUUAUUGCAGACAAUGAGCUGUGGGUUGUCACAUCAUUCAUGGCAUAUGGUUCUGCAAAGGAUCUCAUCUGUACACAUUUCAUGGAUGGCAUGAAUGAACUGGCGAUUGCCUACAUCCUGCAGGGGGUGUUGAAGGCCCUCGACUAUAUCCACCACAUGGGAUAUGUACACAGGAGUGUCAAAGCCAGCCACAUUCUCGUCUCCGGGGAUGGGAAGGUCUACCUGUCUGGUUUACGCAGCAACCUCAGCAUGAUCAGCCAUGGGCAGCGGCAGCGUGUGGUCCACGAUUUUCCCAAGUACAGUAUCAAGGUUCUGCCUUGGCUCAGCCCGGAAGUCCUCCAGCAGAAUCUUCAGGGUUACGAUGCCAAGUCUGAUAUCUACAGUGUGGGAAUCACAGCCUGUGAACUGGCCAAUGGCCAUGUCCCUUUUAAGGAUAUGCCUGCUACCCAGAUGCUGCUGGAAAAACUGAAUGGCACAGUGCCCUGCCUACUGGAUACUAGCACCAUCCCCGCUGAGGAGCUGACCAUGAGCCGCUCACGCUCAGCAGCCAACCCUGGCCUGAGUGAGAACCUGACCACCAGCAACCCCCGGCCCUCCAAUGGUGACUCACCUUCCCACCCUUACCACCGAACCUUCUCCCCCCAUUUCCACCAUUUUGUGGAGCAGUGCCUUCAGCGCAACCCUGAUGCAAGGCCAAGUGCCAGCACUCUCUUGAAUCACUCUUUCUUCAAGCAGAUCAAGCGACGUGCCUCAGAGGCUUUGCCUGAAUUACUUCGUCCUGUCACCCCCAUCACCAACUUUGAGGGCAGCCAGUCUCAGGAUCACAGUGGAAUCUUUGGCCUGGUUACAAAUCUGGAAGAGCUGGAGGUGGAUGACUGGGAGUUCUGAGCCUCUGCAGACUGUGCACAUUCUCCAGCCUGGGACAUGGGGCCUCCAGGAGGCCCUUUCUGAGGGCUGGUCACAUUCCCACCCUCCUGGGUGCAGAUUGGGUAGAAAGAACAUUCUGCCAGGAAAGUUGGUUGCUGACUGAUAGCGAAAGAAAUUCCUAGGGAGACUUUUCUUCACUGGUCUAAGGCUUUUGACACACGAAGGAAUUCCAACAACCAGGAACCAGGUGGGGUCCAAAAGCUGAUAGUCCUGCAAGGUUGAGCUCAGGUGAGCUUCUAAGAAGGGAGAAGUGCUGCUCUGGCCCUGAAGUCCAAGCCUAGGGUUUGACUCAUUGACUCAGAGAACCAUUAGCUCCUCUUCCCAAUGCUUGCUUUCCUUCCAGGCUAAUUCCAUUCUUUUCCUAUGUUUGUAGAUCCUACAGGUCCACAAGGAGCAAGUAAUAAGUGACCUUCCUCCCUUCCUCUCAGACCCCUCCCUAAUAAUUGAAGGGAAGAGUAUUUCUGCCCCUUUAAGUAUAGGUUAAGGCUGGGGCAGUCCACCCUUACCGUUCUUCUCACUUGGGCCCUGACACCUAAAACCUUCCCAGGGUUCAUCUGUGUAGUUCAUUCUUUCCCACCAAGAAUCCAUCUUAAUGCCUCCUGUCAGUGGCCUGGGCACUUUCCCAAGGGCCAUGUCAUCUUGUCUAGCCUGAGGACUUAAGUCCUUAUGCUGUUAGUUUCAUUGUCAGAACAAAUUAAAGUUUUUAGAGAAUCUAUUGGA